AUGAGCUUGUCAAGAUGGCUGUCAGGAAGUGCCUUGAAACAAGUGGCGAUGUUUGGUUGCCCUUCCAUUGACAAAAGUAGUGUCAUUCCUGCCAAAAGACUGCGAAAAUUUUUUGAGGUUUCAGAAAACACUGUUUGCAGUGAAUGUUCGCUACGACAAUUGUGCAAGUUUGCCAAUCAAAAUGUUUGGAAAUGUAACACCAAUAAUUUGGAUUUGGAAGUAGUUAUGAAGGUUAUUACUGCAUAUGCUAUAGAGUUUGUGCAUCCCCAGUUGGUAGUGCCUAAUGAAGUAAACAAGUCAGUGAGUCAAUUGCUAGAGGAGGUUGUGAAACUUAGUCAAACCACAUGA